AUGGCUUCGCCCAGUAUUAACACAUCGCCUGCUAGUGUUCAUGCUGACCAAAAUGAAGAUUCUAAACUGACUAAUUAUAAUGAAGAUGGCUUGUUACCUAUUCAUAAAGCCGCCUUAGAUGGCCUUGACUUGUCAGUGAAACGAAUAUUAACAAAUGCGGAAAGUAAAGGUGAUAUUCAACAACAACUUGAAGCUAAAACGAUUGAUGGAAGCGAAAUGACACCACUUCUAUUGGCAACAGCUGCUGGAAAACUAGAUGUUCUUCAAUGUUUAUUAGACUAUGGAGCCAAUUACAAUGCAGAGGAUACUAAUGGACAUGGAAUGGUUGCUAUUGCUGCUCUAUCACAAAAUGAGCGAACUUUGAGAUUUAUCAUUGAACUUCAAUUACCUAACUUCAACGUUUGGAAACCAAUAAUAAAACUUCUUCAGUCAUUACACGAGGAGGAAAGUGCAGCAUGUGGCCGUGCGCUUGAAUCACUCACUUGUCGUUCGAAAGAUGGAAAACUUAGUCCUUAUUGGCCAUCAAUGUUAGAGAAUGGCUUAUUACAAUGUUUAAUAAAUGUUUUAAAUGAAUCAAAGUCCGACGAUGUCUUGAUCAGUUGUUAUCUAAUACUUCUGAACGGUAUGGAUUUACAACAGAUUAAACUGGAACUUGGAGUAAUUAAAAACUCAUUUACUUGUAUAUUGAAACAUAUAAAAUCACCGACGACGAAUAUGGUCACACUUGUCGGUCGUCUACUAUCAAGUCUUAGUGAAGAAAAAACACUCAUCGAACAGAUGGUCGAACAAGGUGUUAUUGAAGCAGCUGUAGCUAUUGUAGAAAAAUAUCAUUCACCACAAAUCGUAUGUUCUUAUUUCGAUUGUCUCGGUUACAUAGCGUCGGUAUCACAUGAUAAACAACAAAAAAUUGCACAUUUACCACGUUUUAUCGCAACCGUUGUCGAUUAUCUUCAAGAAUUUGAUCAUCAAUUAAGUUUGUGUGUUGUGCGUUUUAUUCAUCGUUUAUCAACGAGAAAUAUGGAUGUACAAAACACACUAGCACAACAUGGUGCAUGCGAACAUCUAUUAGGCGCUCUCGUUUCAUCGUCGAAAGAACUGCAGCAAGUGGCUAUCGAAGCUAUUCAAGCUGUAUCGGAAAACAACCCAGCUGUCCAACAUAUUAUGUUAAGGGAAAAUGCUGUUGAACAACUGUUGGUAUUAUUAGAUAAAACAAAUAUGCCAAAUUUACAAACAAGUCUCGUGUGUACCUUGUGGACAUUAACCGGAGAAAAAUCGUCAAGAAAAAGAGAUAUAGCGACGAGAAUUGGUUUAAAAAAACUAAUAUCAUUUUAUUCGAUCAAAUCGGACGAUCAUUUACUUGUUGUUACGGAUGCUUUGUAUGAAUUGGCUAAAAGAACGGCGAGUAUCAAAAUGAAUAUCCAGGAAGAAAUCGGUCAAACACAUGGUAUUCAACAUUUAGUUCGACUAUUAAAAUUAGACAAUGAAAAACUUGUUUUAAGUGCAAUACGAACAUUGUCUCAACUUGCCGUUGGUCCAGGAUAUGUACCUAAUCGGAAAAAUCAAGAGACGAUCUUAAAGUGUGAUGGUAUCACGUUACUUGUCGCACUAAUAAUGCAUGCGAAAAGUGAAAUUAUUCAGGCUGAAGCCGGUCAGGCUUUAGCUUAUGUCGCACUAACUAAUUCGCAAUGUUCAACAGUAAUCGAGACUACAUUAGAUUUCUCAUAUGAUCAUUUAAUAAAUAUGAUGAAAACAUCAUUAAAUCCAAAUGUUCACUUAAUUGCAUCAAAUACAUUGGCAACGUUCGCCUAUAAUAAUCAACGUGUAUUGUUAAAUCUAAGUAAAAGUUGUAGUUUAUCGUUUGAUUAUUUCAAUAACUUUUUAACCAGUAAAGACGAUUAUUCGAGAUGUUUGGCAGCAUUUCAAGUCGUGGUAUUAGCUAGUUUGAUAUCUGAACGAAAGCCCUCGACCACAAGUGCCAUUGGUUGUGGUAUCAUUAUUGAUGUAUUAAAAACGUCAAAAUCGGAUGAUAGUCGAGCGCUAGCAGCAGACUGUAUGGCAAGACUAGCGCAUUUAAAAUCAGCAUCAACAAUUUAUAAGCAUACAGGCGUUCCGCAAGCAUUGAUUGCCGUGGACUGUAUCGAUCUAUUAUGUGAUUUAUUCUCGUCCGUUAAUGAUAUUACAAUUGGUAAUGCAGCUGUUGCACUCGGUUACCUAAGCUUUGUUCCAGAAGGACAACGAAAACUGUUGCAUCGGUAUGUGUUAUUAAAAUUUGACGGUUGA